AUGACGCAUCUGCACCUCUGCUUCGUUUCCCCUUUCAUUCUCUCCAUAUGUUUGUUCUUCUUCCCCGCCCCACCUGCCCUCUCGCCACAGCUCCUUCACCUUUUGGACAUUCCCUUCUCUGCCCUUCAAUUUCCCUCCAAUCUGUUCUUUGUGUUUCUCAAGUUCCCUGUUCCGCCUCCUCUGUUGAAUGCCUUUCCUGUCCCCCCCAACCCCCCGCUCCAGCUCCUAGACCUCAUGGACGAUCCAUCCACUGCCCUUCUCGAGUCCUUGCUCGCUGCGCUGGCAGAUGACUCAGACCAGGUGGUGCUAGAGGCUCUAUCAGUGCAGGCCACGGUGGCCAGCCACCCGCACCACUUCCACCGCCUGCUGCUGCUCCUCCUCCUGCGCUUCAACUCCGACCGAGCCCUCCUUGACAGGCGGGGCAGCAUCAUCAUUAGGCACCUGUGCGCAAUGCUUGACGCAGAUAAAGUCCUCCGAGAGCUGGCCUUCAUCCUUCAGAACGAGUCCGACUGCCAGUUCGCCGCCACCAUCGUUCCCACGCUCUCCCUCAUCCUCCUCACUGCCCCCGAGCUCGCCCCCAUCCGCUCCAAGCUCCGCCGCUCCUUCGCUGCUCCCGCUCCCGCGUACGAGCAUGCGUGGUGCAUCGUGGAUGCUCUAGAAGAAAGCGACCUCUCCCUCAGCCUCAUGGUGCAGAUGGAUAAGCUGGUUCUUCUGCUUGAAACGCCCAUCUUCAGCAGGCUGAGGCUGCAGGUCAGUGGCCUCUUCACUUGCUCAAGGCAAUUCACACAUGGAGUAACCAUGCAUUCUCAAUCAGAGGCACGAAAGUAUCGUUUCUCUUCAGAAAUGGAGCUUUCCUUGCCAAUGGUCAAGUUUCAUGACGUUUAA